AUGGAAGAAAUUUAUUUUGACACUCUUAAUGAAGAAGAAUACCUCGAUCCAAAUGAAGAAGUUUAUGAAAUGGACGAAGACGAAGGCGAUCUUGACAUGAAAGAUAUCGGAGAGGAAGCGUGGCUCGUCAAAUUACCAGCCUUUUUAUACGAGAAAUGGGAAGAUCUGGAUGACCCGAAUAUUGAACUCGCGAGAGUUCAAGUUUACUCUCAACCAUUUGGUCCUGACGUGUAUAAGUUGGUCUUGGUUGAAAAUGAACGACAUUCAGAUUUGCCCAAAGAAUAUGAACUUGAUAUUAUACAGAAAGAAGUUCAAGAUUCAUAUUGUUUCUGCCAAGAUAAUAAAGCAGACACCUCGGUCACCCUUUCGGGUACCGUAAAGGCAAAUUACAAUAUGAAACCAAGCGUUAAUACAGAGUACAGCAAAAAGGUGCGUGAACGAACGAAGAAGGCUUCAAAACCAGAAAGAAAAAUUCGAAUUCUUGAAGAAUUUGAAAAUCGUGGGGCAUAUGUUCCACCUGGUGGUGUAUCUGCUGCCAUAACAAAAUUCAGUGGUUUAGUUCAAAAGAAACCGAAAGUCACCAUGGAACAAAAAACCACGCGUAAGCCAAAAAACGAACUUUUGGACUUACUUUUCGGUGCAUUUUCACAGUAUGCAUAUUGGACUUUUCGAGGUUUGAAAGAUUACGCGAAACAACCUGAGUCUUAUCUUAAAGAAGUAUUGAGUGAAAUUGCAAUAUUAGAUAAGAAGGGACAUUAUAAUAAUUGUUAUCAUUUAAAACCUGAAUAUAGUCAAAAAAAUUCAGCAGCAGCAAUAUUAAUAGCACCACAGGGUUUAGAAGCACCUAUUUCAGGAAAUGCUGGAAAUGAAGAACAAAUCGAUUAUGAAGAUGAUGAUUUAACAUUAGAUCGGGAAUCUGAAGAUGAUUACAUAGGGGAAGCUGAAGAUGAAGACAUGAGUUAA